AUGAGGUGAUCUCGUGCACUGGCGUCCUCGUGCGGAGCGCCUAUAAGUACUAGGUGGAGACCGUCGCGCGCGCUGUAGACCUUCUGCGGGGAAUUCCGGCUGGAGCGGUCGGCGUCUUUUUGGGUGUUGCGUGCGAGCCUCCGGUCUUUUUUCCUUUUGCUCUUCAAUCCGUGCGGUCGUCAUGAAGACCAAGUUCUGUAACGGCGGCGAGGCCGACCCUUCCUCCCCUCUGGGCUUCCUGCUAGGAUGCGCCCCGGGUCCGGUAUUACCCCCCGCCCUCACUCAGUCGCCCACCUCGCCCCCGUCUUCUAACGCCGAUGCCGAAGUGAAGGAGCUGGGGCUCCGGGGCCAGGGCCACCAACAGCAGCAGCAGCAGCCGCCUCUUGUUCUGCCGCCCACCCCUCCAUCCCCGCCGACGGAGGAGCAGCCCGAUCCCCGCACCCGGCGCAAGGCGUAUCUGUGGUGCCGGGAGUUCUUGCGGGGGGCGUGGCGGGGGCUGCGGGAGGACCAGCUGCGCAUCACGCCCAUCAGAGGAGGACUGAGCAACAUGCUAUUCCAGUGUUCUUUGCCUGACACUAUAGAGACUGUUGCAGAUGAACCACGCACUGUUCUUCUUCGUUUAUAUGGUGCAAUUCUGCAAAUGAGGUCCUGUAAUAAAGGAGGAUCUGGACAGGCUCAAAAGGAGAAUGAUUUACAAGGUGCAGAAGCUGUUGUUCUGGAGAGUGUUAUGUUUGCCAUUCUUGCAGAAAGAGCUCUUGGACCAAAACUCUAUGGAAUCUUCCCACAAGGCCGUCUGGAGGAAUUCAUUCCUAGCAGAAAGUUGGAUACCGAAGAACUAAGCGUGCCAGAUAUAUCAGCAGAAAUAGCUGAAAAAAUGGCUAAAUUUCAUGGGAUGAAAAUGCCAUUUAAUAAAGAACCUAAGUGGCUCUUUGGAACCAUGGAGAAGUACUUGAACCAAGUCAUGAGAAUCAAGUUUACCAGAGAGUCACGUGUGAGAAAACUGAACAAGAUUCUCAGCUACAACUUGCCUCAAGAAAUGAAAAACUUAAGAUCUUUACUUGAAGCUACUCCAUCUCCAGUUGUGUUUUGUCAUAAUGACUGCCAAGAAGGAAAUAUCUUGCUUCUUGAUGGCAGAGAAGAUUCUGAAAAACAAAAGCUGAUGCUUAUUGACUUUGAAUACAGCAGUUACAAUUAUAGAGGGUUUGAUAUUGCUAAUCAUUUCUGUGAAUGGAUGUAUGACUAUGUGCAUGAAAAAUACCCAUUCUUCAAAGCGAACUUCAUGAACUAUCCCACGAAGAAGCAGCAGCUCCAUUUCAUAACCAGUUAUCUAGCUGCAUCUCAAAGUGGAUUUGAAAAUCUGAGCCAUGAAGAUAAGUCCAAAAUAGAAGAAGAUAUGGUUGAAAUAAACAGGUUUGCUCUUGCAUCUCAUAUCUUCUGGGGUCUGUGGUCCAUUAUACAGGCAAAGAUAUCAUCUAUUGAGUUUGGAUACAUGGACUAUGCACUCUCCAGAUUUGAUGCCUACUUUGAGCAGAAGAGGAAACUCAAAGUGUGAAGGUUGAAGACUGGACACUCAGUCACUGUAACUGUAUAAGGAAGGCAGCUGGGCAGAAAUUCCACUGUGCUUAGGCUACUGUAGUUGUAAUGAAGGUUUUUGCAAAUUCCAACUACUCGGAUGCAAUGCUGAAGACUGCACAAAAUGGCUGUUUACCUUUUUUUACAGUUUCAUAAGUCUCUGGAAUGCAAAUUGAUAGCUGAUGGAUAAUAUAACAGUGCAAUAUCAAAUGUUUUAAAUCUAGAAGGUAUUAUGAGGGAAACCUUGAGUGUUAAUGUGAACCAUCCUUAUUUCAAAAGCAAGAGUGUUAACUGUGGGUAUCUAUUUUUUUAACUAACAUAUUUUAUUGACAAUGCAUUAUAUAACUACCAAUUAAGGGGGAAGUUCCAAUUCAUUCUCAUUCAUAUUCUCUCUCUCUCUCUCUCCUCUCUCUCUCUCUCUCUCUGCUCUCUCUCUCUCUCUCUCCUCUCUCUCU